GCUUCGACACUCAUUCAUCUCAACGUUGCAAUCAUGAACGCAAAGGUCGUCCUCGUCGCCUGCCUGGCCUCCGUCGCCGCUGCCCGCCCUGACACUCCCCGCGACGGCUACAGCUACGAGGCCCCUGCGCCCAAGUACUCCGCUCCUCAUGCAUCAUACGAGAAAGGAAUGCCCUUUGACUUUGCGUACGGAGUAGUGGACCACUACAGCGGCAACGACUACUCCCACAACUCCAACUCUGACGGCAACGUUGUCAAGGGCGAAUACCGCGUCCUUCUUCCCGACGGCCGCACGCAGAUCGUCUCGUACACGGCCGAUCACGUCAACGGCUACGUGGCCGAGGUCACCUACGAGGGCGAGGCGCACUACCCCGAGACCAAGCCUUACCAGCCAGCCCCUGCCUACUCCGCCCCUGCCCCCGCUUACUCUCCCCCUGCCCCCGCUUACUCCGCCCCUGCCCCUGCAUACGAGGCCCCAGAACAGACCUAUGGUACCCCUUCCCCGGUCUACGGAACACCUCAUUAACUCCUGAGUAGAAGCUGAAAGAAUGAUGUCAGCAUAAUUAUUUAUUUUGUAACACGAAUAAAUCUAGAAGCAA